AUGGCGUCAUUUGCCCUAUUGCCAUCUGGAAGUCCAGAAUCAGUGAUAUCUUCCUCCUCCCCAGAAGCAGGUUUUGGUGACGAGGAAAAACCAGAUUUCCCAAUGCUACGUCCAAUAGAACCUGCUGCUCUAGACGAGGAGACUCGUACCUCUCCCACUGUGCCGUUACUACAACCAGUUCCAGUCAAGUUCCCGCCAUUUUUGGUCAAACAAGAGGCAGGAUUGGAAAGUCCAUUAACAGACAUUAAAACUCCAUUGAAUGUACAAAUACCUGCUCAGAAAGGAAAGCAGGAGCUGGACUCUGCGUUAUCUGCCCUUGCUGGCAAAGAGAAUCGUGACAUUGAUCCCAUGACAGGUCUAGCAAGGUCAUCCAAAGAUGCUGCAGCAGACGCAGAAGUUUCAGUGACCUUGACCUUGUCAGCGAAGGCAGCAGAAGAUAUUGGAGGUGUUUUAUCAGCUAUUGCAGACCUACUGAAGAUAGCUGCACCACCAACUUAUGAGGAGAGUAGAAGUCCAUCUCCUGAACAAUUUAAAUCCAACUUGAAACACAAAGAAGAAGCCCUCAAGAUUCACUCCUUGUCCAAAUCAAAACAGACCUACUGCAGACAUUGUGAAGUGGCAUUUGUCAAUGCUGGUAUCAGGAAGAAAAAGUCAGAGAUACCUCUGCUCACCAAGGAAGAACUGGAGGGGGAAGGAGACAUGAUGACAUUCUGUAGCCGCAACUGUCUUGCUAACUUCACCAUCACCAGACAGAUGACAUAUAAACCAGAACUACCGGAUCUAACAGACCAAAAUAGUCAACUAGCCUUGUUUUCACAACAUAGAGAUCAAGGAUUGAUGAGCCCAAGGGAGUUAACACCCUCCUCAAGUUUGACAGCCACGCCCUCUGUGACACCAUCCCCAGGUAUGGGUAUGGAGUCAAUGGACACCACACCCAACAAGUCAGGACCUCCCACACCACAGUUAGGCAGUCCUACAUUAAUGAGAGGCAGACCAGAGUUAGGCAAACGUCCAUAUAGAAGAAGUAGUAGUUUUACAGAGCCAAAGGUGCCACUGGUAAAGAAAUGGAAGGACAUAAGAUAUAAGAGGUUUGAUGUGAACAUGUUCCCAGAGGUGUACACUAGUAUGAAGAAAGAUGAAGAUGAAAAUCAGUUAUGGCAUAGUUUCUCUGUGGCUAUAAGACAUGAUAAAGAGAAGAUAAAGGACAAGAGAAUAUGUGAAUUCUGUCAGGAAUACAGUGAUGGUGACACUAAUGGUUCUGGAAGGCUUCUGAACAUGGAUAUAGACAAAUGGGCUCAUCUAAACUGUGCCCUGUGGUCCCAGGAGGUGUAUGAGACACUGAAUGGUGCACUAAUGAAUGUACAACAGGCAUAUAAACGUAGCUCCAAACAGAAAUGUGUUGUUUGUAUCAAAACUGGAGCUUCUCUGGGUUGCUUUAAGCAAAGAUGUAACAAUAUCUAUCACGUAGCAUGUGCUCAGCUGGUGGGCUGUAUCUUCUUUGAAGACAAGACAAUUCUGUGUCCACCACACACCCCAAAAGGUGUUCAACUUGAGCAGGUACUCAAAUCAUUGAUUGUACAUCGUAGAGUUUACAUCAACAGAGAGGAGGAUGAGCAAGUUGCCAACAUGUUGCUACAGGAAGAUGGCCAGCAUACAUUACGUCUCGGCUCAAUGGUUUUACACUCUAUUGGUCAAUUGCUACCUCACCAGAUGGCCAGUGGCAAGUACAAUUCCAGGGAUCAUAUUUAUCCUGUUGGGUACAAGGCCUCUAGAUAUUACUGGAGUAUGCGUCAACUAUAUAAACGUAGCAGGUAUAUCUGUAGUAUCCAAGACAACGAAGGUCAACCAGAGUUCAGUGUCAAGGUCGUAGAGGAUGGUCAUGAAGACAUUGUCUUGAAGAAUCCGUCCUGUGCUGGUGUCUGGCGUAACAUAUUGGAGCCCCUAGAGAAGCUGAGACGGGAUUCAGAUCUUGUGAAAGUGUUCCCUACAUUUACCACAGGAGAGGAGCUGUAUGGAUUGACUGAUCCAAAUAUUGUCAGAUUGGUGGAAUCUCUUCCAGGCACAGAUCUGUUGAGGGAAUAUGUGUUCAAGUUUGGUCGUCGCCAGUUGAUUGACCUACCUCUUACCAUUAAUCCAUCUGGCUGUGCAAGAUCCGAGCCAAAACUGCGAACACACUUCAAAAAACCGCAUACUCUACAGUCAAGCCACACCCAUUCCCUGCCAUCUACUGUAACAAGUCUUACUGGAGAUGUAAACUCACCAUACAUGAAACAUUUCGUGCAUUCCAAAUCUCAACAAUACCGUAGACUGAAGACAGAAUGGAAGAAUCUUGUCUACCUUGGAAGAUCAAGAAUUCAGGGUCUAGGACUGUAUGCAGCUAAAGACUUGGACAUGCACACAAUGGUGAUAGAGUAUAUAGGAGAUCUGAUUAGGAAUGAAGUUGCCAACAGGAGGGAGAAAACUUAUGAAUCUCAGAAUCGUGGAGUUUACAUGUUCAGGAUAGACAAUGACACCGUUUGUGACGCUACAAUGGCCGGUGGGCCAGCACGUUACAUAAAUCACUCGUGUGACCCUAAUUGUGUUGCCGAGGUUGUUGAGAUAGAUAAAGAAGGCAAAAUUAUCAUCAUCACAAACAGGAGGAUUUCAAAAGGAGAGGAGCUUACGUAUGACUAUCAGUUUGAUUUUGAAGAUGAUCAGCACAAAAUACCAUGUAACUGCAGUGCUCCAAAUUGUCGUAAAUGGAUGAACUAAGUGACCUCAUUACCAUAGUGAUGGUGGCUUGGCACAUCGCCAUGGCGACUGAGACUGAUGUGGCAUCAAUAUAUGUUUACAUGGCAACAUUGAUGAGAGCUUUGUUGCCAUAGUGAUAAUAAUUUGGUUGCUAUGCAAUCUAAUAUUGAAUGGCUUGACUUAUGUACAAAUAAAAUAUACAUGUCUAAUGAUGUACGAGUGAACUUAAUUCUGAUAUUGUCAUACUAAUGGUUUGAAGGGUAUAGUCACAUGAUGUUGUUGUCAUGGUGAUUUUCUCAACAACCUAGAGUAACAGUUAUAAAUGUAUGAAUAAUUACAAUUAUGCAAUAAAUAUGGUUGUGAGUAUAUGUUAUCAUUAUAAUUGUGUGUUAAUUUUAGAUGUUUUAUGUUAAAUGGGUAUACAUUCUGUGAUAAUUCAUACGUAACACGCUUGUGGUAUUUACAGCUGUCAUAUGACUACCAAUUUGACGUGGAAGACGACGCCAACAAGAUACCGUGUAAUUGUGGAGCCUGGAACUGCCGUAAAUGGAUGAAUUAAAAGGUUACACCCGUCAACUUGUGGCCAUAAUGUUUAGAUUCUGGUAGAUG